AUGACGAAAGUACUGCAAGCGGCUGGUCACACGAUGACCGGCAACGCAACGCUGGGAGUCAGAGCUUUGCGGGAAGACUACUGCAAACCCUCGAACCGGGCCGAGAUCCCUCGAAACCUCACCGCAAUCUCCGAAGCCUUGGAGGUCGGGAAGUUCGAGCGGGUGGCGUCGCAGGAGCGGGAGGACUUCCCCCGCUUCCGGUACCUCUUCGAGUCGGGGGAGCUGCUGCCGCCCGCCGUGUUCAUGCAAGCACUGGAGCUGGGAGCCUACGAGACCAUCAACGGUGUGCAGCUGCUCUUUGAUCCCGAGGUCCUCGUGCUGCGGGACAACCUGGUGAUCUCCUACAAGGCGCUGGUCGCCAAGAUCCGGCAGAAGGCCUCGAAGGAGAUCGACCGGCUGCCGGACGCGCUGCUACGGAAGUUUGCCAGUGCCUGGCAUGCUUGGGAGUCAGCGUGGCUUCGGAACAGAGAAGUUCACGCUGUUGAGGCGCUGCAGCCCUCCGUGAAAGCCAUCCUGGCGCUGGAGCCGUUGAUCGUUUCGGCAGAGAAGGAGCGGCUUCUGCCUUGGCCUCGGGUGCAGCACCAGAAGGCCAUCACCUUGAAGUGCCUCGAGGGCUUCGUCCACGCAUUUGGGGAGCUGGCAGCCUCCGUGCUGCCGUCCAACAAGCGGGAGAAGGACCACGACGCGCGGCUACUCCUGCUGAUGGACCACGUGCUGUCGCUCCGGGGGGAGAAGAUGGAGAAGAGCCCACAGAGCCCGAGCCAGCCCUACCUGCUGGAGACGCUGUCCAAGGCGCCCAACGUCCUCUUCCCGGACCACCAGGUCAGCGCCGCGGAGGCCUCGACGCUGCUGGGCUCCCACGCCCUGGCCCCGCGAGAGGGGCAGGGCGUGCCCUUAGAGAGCUACGCCUUCAAGCUGCUGGGCACCUCAGGGGAGGCGAACACGCACCGUGAGGGCAACCCGCGAGGCGACCUCGCACAGAAAGCAGCAGACCAUGCAAACGAGCUUCUCAGCGCCUUCGAAAACCUGAAGGACAUGCUGAUGUCUCUGAAGACCACGUUGGAGCACAUCGACCCGGCCUUGGACAAGGACGAGGCCUUCGUGGCGACGCUGCAGCGCUUCGAGAGGGCCUUCCGCCGCUCCCGGCGGCUCUUCCUGGAGCCGGACAACUUGGCUUAG